AGCAGCGCAACACCGCCCUCCUGCUUGGAUUCUCAACGGCACCGCCUUGCUGGGUGCCUUUCCAUGUGGCCCCGGGGUGAUCUUCCGUCUCCUCACCCCACAAAGAUCGACAGGAGCAGGCACGACCGGCGCCAGGCAAGCGGCUGUCAAACCCCUUCUUCCGCUGGCAUCCGGCACACCGACCAUCGCUACCACGAUGAGGACUCGACGAUAGGUACCAAAUGCGCGACCAUGUUGACAGUGCCGGCCCCAACGGACAUUCCGCUUGACGCCAAUGACGGAACACUGAUCUGA